AUGGCUGCGGAACACACCCAAGAUGCUCCGCGGACGCCGGCGCGCGACGGGCCACGUUUCGACAAGGCAGCGAGCGAGGGCCGAGACAGGGUCGAGCAUGAAGUUGAGCACGACGAGGAGGAGAGUGAGGAAGAGGACGACGACGACGACGAGGUGGACGAGGAGCCCAAGCUCAAGUAUAGCCGUCUGACGAGCAGCCUGGGGCCCGUCUACCGUAAUGGCGACGCGACGAGCACCUUCAUGGUCGCCGGGGACAAAAUGAUAGUCGGCACCCACAAUGGAAACAUACACGCCCUCAGCAUCCCUUCGUUCCAAAGUCUCCGUACCUACAAUGCGCAUCCUGCCGCCUCAGUGACGGCGAUAUCGGUGUCGCCCCUUCUUGCGUCGCAGCCAUUCGUCCAAGCUACUACCCCCAACGCACUCGAAGAUCGGCAAGGCACCCCCUCGCGACAAGCAGCGCCCGCGGCUGGCCAUGCCUCGUCUCCGCGUACACCACGGCAGGCGCAGGUCCCCGCAAUACCCUCGAAUCAGAUAUACAUUGCCUCGUCCUCGAUCGACGGACACGUCUGUGUCUCGUCGCUGGUAGAUCCGAAAGAUGUUACCCUGCGGAAUUUUGGGCGGCCCGUGCAAUCUGUUGCGCUCUCACCCGACUACAAGAACGAUCGCUCCUAUCUUUCGGGAGGUCUGGCAGGCGAACUGAUCCUCACCGUUGGCGGUCCGCAGGGCGUACGCGCGACGGCCAACACUAGCUCGGCAUCACAAACAGCACAAGGUUGGCUUGGAGCAAUAGGACUUGGUGGUAAUGCCGGCAGGGAUACGAUCUUGCAUUCAGGUGAAGGCACCAUCAGCGCCAUCAAAUGGUCCUUGUCUGGCAAGUUUGUGGCCUGGUCAAACGAGCAUGGAAUUCGAAUCAUGCGAACCAAUCUCCAUCUCGACAGCGCAGACUCGGAAUCAGCUUGGAAGCGUAUAGGCUUCAUCGACAAGCCCAAUCGUCGUAUCUGGCAGGAGAUGGCAGGAGUCUGGAAGGCCCGCAUGGAAUGGGUCGACGACAGAUCCUUGGAGUCUGAUGACGAUGCCAUCAUCAGCAUGAACGGUCAUCAUGACAAGCCAGAGACUACCCUGCCGCACCUUCGCUCGUCUGAGCAGCCCAAAGCCCUGCGGAAGAACAAGGUCGAGAAGCUAGUGAUAGGAUGGGGAGACGCUGCAUGGAUUGUUCACAUCCAAGCAGGAGGUCCGGGAGUUGGCAAAGAUGCAGGCACGAGAUCGGUAGGGAGUGCCGAAGUGGUUCAUUUCCUUCGUUUUGACGAUUGUGUUGUUUCUGGCAUUUCGCUCUAUACCCCUUCCUUGCUUCUUGUUCUUGCCUAUCGGACCCGUGAUGAUGACGAUAACCUUAUCACUGGUGCUGAUACAACCCCUCGCCGUGGAAUGCAUCGACGUACAAACGGGCUCUCUCCUGAACUCAAGCUGAUUGAUGCUGCAACCUCGGACGAGGUGGAAGUCGAUUCUUUGACGGUCAGCAGAUUCGAAACUCUUUCGGCGGCAGAUUAUCACCUUGGAACCCUGUACGUACCACACCCGAAGACGAUGACUCCCGCUCAAAGGAGUGCUCUCGAGGCUAUAGGUGGUGGCAUAUGGGACGUUGGUGCAAACGCGGCCCGCAUCUUCACUGCUGGAGCCAAUGUGAUGAAUAUCCCAAUGGGCGGUUCGGAUCGUAAACCACCAUCGAGAGCACCAUCUACAUCAUCGGCAAGCGUAGGGACUACAACAACAGCUGCUAGCCGGAGUCCAUCUCUGAUUCACCCCAAUGCGGCUACAGCCGGAUUGAAAGUCUUUAUACACAGCCCAUACGACUGCGUCCUGGCCAUCAAACGAGAACUGACAGAUCACUUCCAGUGGGAGUUGGAGCACGAAAACUACAAGGAUGCCUGGGAGCUUUUGGAAGAUCACCCAGAAAUUAUUGCAUCUGUCUCUCAGUUACCUUCGGAAGGCUCGCCCGCUGGUACUCCACUGAGGCAGCAGGGGAGUUUGCAUGAGUUCUUUGCCGAUGAAGGCGAGUCACAGACGACGGUAUCGGCAACUAGAGCAAACCAAAAUUCUGCCGUGGAGAAGGAAAAACGGCGUAUUGGUGACUUGUGGGUGCAGCAGCUUGUCAGUGCUGGUGAUUGGAAACAAGCAGGUAAGGUAGCAGGUCGCGUGCUAGGCACUUCCUCACGCUGGGAACACUGGGUGUGGAAGUUUGCUGAAACCAGCCACUUCAACGAGAUCGCGGCAUACAUACCAAAGAAGCCCAUCCAGCCACCGCUACCCUCCAUGGUCUAUGAAGUUGUGCUUGGUCAUUACAUUAUACACGAUCGAAUACGCUUCAAAAAUUUACUAGAAGAGUGGGACCCAGAGCUAUUCGACAUUACAAGUGUCAUUGAAGCCAUCAAGAGCAAGCUAUCCACCGGCGACAUUACAGAAGAUUCUGUCGAGGGAGGGGAACAAGGUCGCGAUUGGCGAAUAUUGCAGGAUGGACUUGCAAAGUUGUUUCUUGCAAGCGGUCGGCAAAGGGAAGCACUGCGAUGCUUUAUUCGAUUGCAAAAUGCAGAUGCUACGAUGACACUUAUACGCGAUUUCCAUCUCGUGGAAGCGGUACGCGAUGAUAUCCCGGGCUUCAUACUCAUGGGUGUUUCAAAGGAGCAAAUGAAAUCUGCGCCAAUGUCUGAGCUGGAAGAAGCUUCGACAGAGGCGAUCAAUGUGCUCGUUGAGGAAGGUUGUCGCGGAACGAUACCUGCUGGUGACGUUGUUGAUCAACUCCAAUCAAGAGAAGCCAUCUUCAGGCCCUUCUUAUUCUUCUAUCUUCGUCGACUUUGGAAGCCUGAGAUGCACGAGCGCACAGCGAAAACAGCAAAAGAGCGGGUAGCUGAGGAUCGGUUGGCAGCCGACGGCAAAAUUGUUGCAGAAGAGUUUGCCGACCUGAUGGUGGAGCUCUUUGCAGAGUACGAUCGACCGUUGCUGAUGGAGUAUUUGCGGAAGUCGCAGAGCUACGAUCUGAACAAGGCUACAAGUGAAUGCGACCGAAGGGAUUACAUUCCAGAGCUUGUGCACAUCCUCUCGAAGACGGGCCAAACCAAACGAGCUUUGCUACUUAUCAUCGAGAAACUCUCAGACGUCAGCUUCGCCAUUUCUUUUGCAAAAGAACAAGACGACCCCGACCUCUGGAAUGAUCUCCUAGAGUACUCCAUGGAUAAACCUCACUUCAUCCGUGGCCUGCUCGAGGAAGUGGGAACCGCAAUCGACCCCAUAAAACUUGUCCGUCGAAUCCCCGAGGGACUCGAAAUUGAAGGAUUAAGAGAAGGCAUCGGUCGCAUGGUCCGAGAAUACGAGAUCCAAUAUUCCAUCUCUGAAGGCGUAGCAAGAGUCCUGCGUGGCGAAGUAGCAGCAGGCAUGGACACACUACGCGCAGGACAGAAGCGAGCCGUGAAAUUCGAAGUCAUGCCUUGCGACGACGAGAAGAAGCAUGUUGGAAAGAAGCACAUUGAUAUUGAAACCAAAGGCGUGGACCCCACUGUUUCCGCAAAAGCAACAGCCAAAGCAGACAACAAAAGCACCGCCGUAUCCUCCCUGACCGCUGCGCCAAACCUUGACCCAGCACCAGCCAAAGCACCAGAAGGCGAGGCACCGCCUGGCCAUUGCACAGGUUGCCACCGUCCUUUUACCCUACCCACUCCGGAGGAAGACGACAUUGUCGAUGGCCCAAUGCCCUUGUCCCGUGACACACUCGUGGGCUUUGCAUGCGGCCAUGUCUUCCACCUCAGCUGUCUCCUCCCCAAGACGAGCGCGAGUGCUAGUGUCGCCGCGACAUUGCAGCAGACGCUUGCAAGCGAUGCUUUGGCAGGCGGACUGCGAUGGAAUCGCAGUGUGGGCGCCAAAGUGGCGCAUGCGCAUAUUAUUAAGAGUGCGGUCGGGAGGGGGUGUGUAGUUUGUCGGGAACGGGAGGGCAUGGUUGGGGAAGGUGGUGAUAUCAAGAGAUUUGGAUCUUUAGAAGGCAUGUUGCAUUCUUGUGUGGGAGAUGAAGGAUGUAGUACCGUUGUACUUGGCAUGUACUGA